CCGCUCACGAAGGGGCGUCACUUCCGGCGUGUGCGCGUGGGGUCCGCCCGACGCGGAAUGGCGGCUCUACGGAGUUGGCUGUCGAGGAGCGUAGCCUCCUUCUUCAGGUACAAACAGCGUGUGCCAGUCGUGGCUAACUGUGAGAAGCGCUGUUUCUCGGAAUUGAUAAGACCAUGGCACAAAGCUGUGGCUGCUGGAUUUGGGGUAGCCCUGUGUGCAGUUCCUAUUGCACAGAAACCGGAGCCUCAUUCUCUUAGUAACGAUGCAUUAAUGAGGAGGGCUGUGUCUUUGGUAACAGAUAGCACCUCUACCUUUCUCUCUCAGACCACAUAUGCAUUGAUUGAAGCAAUCACUGAAUAUACUAAGGCUGUUUAUAUCUUAAUUUCUCUGUACCGACAAUACACAAGUUUACUUGGGAAAAUGAAUUCACAGGAGGAAGAUGAAGUGUGGCAGGUGAUCAUAGGAGCCAGAGUUGAGAUGACUUCAAAACAGCAAGAGUACUUGAAGUUGGAAACCACCUGGAUGACUGCAGUUAGUCUUUCAGAGAUGGCAGCAGAAGCUGCAUACCAAACUGGAGCGGACCAGGCGUCUGUAACCGCCAGGAGUCAUAUCCAGCUGGUGAGAUCGCAGGUGCAGGAGGUGCGCCAGCUUUCCCAGAAAGCAGAAACCAAGUUGGCAGAAGCACAGACAGAAGAACUCCGACAGAAAACACAGGAGGAAGGGGAUGAGAGGGCUGAGCCGGAGCAGGAGGCCUACCUGCGUGAGGAUUGAGGGCCUGAGCUGCUGCCCACGUCUGCCCACUCGGCCUGGGGAAAGCAAGGGCAGACGCCAUCCAGCCCCGAGUCAGCACAGCUUUCUCUGCACAGAGAGGCAUGGCAGGCAGGUCCUGCCCUGGCCCAUCAGACCAGAGGUCAUUGUGAGCUGUGAGUGCCUGACCCCUGUCUCCACGGUCUCAGGCUUCUACUGGACCUGGUUCUUAGCCCUGCAGCCCGCAGGGCACUGCACCCUGUUUAACAUUUCACCCUGCUCAGCACAGCUGCCCUCUCACCCAUCGAUCUUUUUACCUCCCACCCAGAGCAUCUCACCAACCUGGCCAGAGAGAAGGGGCUUCUCUGUUCAUGUCGACAAGUUCAGUAGCUAUUAAACCUGUUUCCCAUCUA